UGAUUUUUCCAUUUCACUGCAGUUGUAAAGUGUUCUGUUUUUUUCACAUCAGUACAUUGUUUAUGUCUAAACUAAGUUUUUGAUAUGUAGAUUAGACUACUGCUUUAAUUGUUCCCUUUCCAUUCACCUUGGAAAAAUCAGCUGUGAAACCAUAAUUUUUUAUGUGGAAAGAUUAUAGAAAAACAAUUAGCUGAAAGCAAAAGGUAUUCUUGAGCAUAGUUGAGAAUUUUUCAUAAAAAUAUAUAUAUGUGUAUGUAGAACAAUGGUUCCCAAACUUGUUCCUCCGCUUCUGCAGGGAAAGGCCCUGGUGGGCCGGGCCAGUUUGUGUACCUGCCGUGUCCGCAGGUUCGGCCGAUUGCGGCUCCCAGUGGCCACGGUUCACUGCUCCAGGCCAGUGAGCUUGCCACACUGACCAAACCGGAAAUGAAAUUCAAAAUUUCCUGAGGCUUUUCCUGUGUACCUGGCUAGUGCAUCAGAGUUGAAACUGACAUCCAGAGUGGUCACAUUGGAGCACACUGGGAUAGCUCCUGGAGGCCAAUAAUGUCGAUUUGCAUCCACACUACCCCAGAUUCAACCCAGCAAGGUCAAUUUUAGGGCUACUCCCCUCACUGGGGAGGAGUACAGAAGUCGAUUUUUAGAGCCCUUUAGAUCAAUAGAAUGGGGUUACUUGUGUAGACGCGUUCAUUAUAAAAUUGACCUAAAGUGGCUAAAUUCGACCUAACAGUGUAGACCAGGGUUCAGUCUUCUCUUUUCCAGACUAAACAAAGCCAAUUUUUUCAAUCUUCCCUCAUAGGUCAUGAUUUUAGACCUUUAAUCAUUAUUACUCUUCUCUGGAUUUUCUCCAGUUAGUCCACGUCUUUCCUGAAACGUGGCACCCAGAACUGGACACAAUACUCCAUUUGAGGCCUAAUGAGCACGGACUGGAGCGGAAGAAUUACUGCUUAUCUUGCUUACAACACUCCUGCUAAUACAUUUGUAACCAUGCCUUAGUGGAUCACAACUGAGGAUGCCAAAUUCAGGAUGAACUGCUGAGAAAUAAGGCAAACGCAACCCAAAACUAGUGGUUAUUCUUUUAUAAGAUAUACCAAACCAACCACAAAAGUAAACUGUUUCACCACACUGGCUAACAAGAAAACAUAAAGGCAGUUUUCUCAGGCAUUCCAGUUCUUAUAUCACCACCAGAAACACUGGAUUCAGAGAUGAGUGGUUCUUUACAAUCAGUCUCAUCAAAUAAUAGGUUCUUCUGAUCCCAAAGGACCAGCCACACAGGUCAAUAUAUAACUUAGAUCUUACCCAAAAAUCACGCUGAUGCAAAUCCUGUAGUAUCUAAAAUCUAAAGGUUUGUUCAUAAAAAGAAAGAAAAGUGAGAGUUAAAAUUAGUUAAAGGAAUCAGUCACAUACAGUAAUGGGAAAUUUCUUGAUUCAGGCUUGUAGCAGUGAUGGAAUAAACUGCUGGCUUAAAUCAAGUCUCUGGAGUACAUCCAUGGUUUGGAUGGGUCAUUCAGUCCUUUGUUCAGAGCUUCCGUUUGUAGCAAAGUUCCUCCAGAGGUAAAGAAGCAGGAUUGAAGACAAAGUGGAGGUGUUUCGCCAGGGCCUUCUACAGGUUUUGCCAUGUGGAGGGCAUCCCAUUGUUCUUACUGUGGAAAUUUACAGCAACAAGAUGGCGUUUGGAGUGACGUGGGCAAGCCACAUGUUCAUGCCUGUUUUCCCUCCGUCAUUGCAGGGAGCCAUUACAUACAUUCCAGACAGCACGUUUACAUGACAGUCCACUCAGUGUAGAUGGUUGCCUACCAUGGUCUGUUGUCAGCCAAGUGUUUCUUGAUGAACCACUUAAUUCGAAUAGUCCCUUCAAGAUGUGCUGGGCAUUACCCCAGGAGCAAACAUUUGAAAUCUAAGUGUAGAGCCAAUACUUAUAACUUCAAAUACAAAAAUGAUACAUGCAUACAGAUAGCAGAAUCAUAACAAACAAAUCAUAACCUUUUCAUAGACACCUCACUUGACAACCUUUGUACAAGAUUUUCUGCAAAUAUAUAGCAGUGGUUGCAAUAAUUAUCUAUAUCGUCCUAUUUUAAUCAGAUAACAUCACAACAUCCCAGAGUGAUUUUUUUUUACAACACUGUUACAGUGUUCACUCGUAUUUAGCUUGUGAACCACUAUGACCUCCAGAUCCCUUUCCGCAAUACUCCUUCCUAGGCAGUCAUUUCCCAUUUUGUAUGUUUGUGACGGAUUGUUCCUUCGUAAAUGGAGUACUUUGCAUUUGUCCUUCUUGAAUUUAAUCUUAUUUAUUUCAGACCAUUUUUCCAGUUGUUCAGAUCAUUGUUUGAAUGUUUAUCCUAUCCUCCAAAGUACUUGCAACCCCUCUCAGCUUGGUAUCGUCCGCAAACUUUAUAAGUGUGCUCUCUAUGCCAUUAUCUAAAUCAUCGAUGAAGAUAUUGAAUGGAACCGGACCCAGAACUGAUCCUUGCAUGACCCCUCUCAUUAUGCUCUUCCAACUCUCUCACUGUUACCAACUCUGAUUGUGACAGGAGUGGGGCAGAAUUCUCUGGCUAGCCACAAAUGGAAAAGGGUGAGCUCUUUUCAUCUGUAGAUUUUUGCACUUCCAGUAGCAGUGAGGAGUUAAAGAGCACUCCAUGGCUGCUGACUGACUUAGUCAAAGGGAAGAUGUUCUUAAAAGAAUGGGAUUAUGUGAGGAAGAUGUGUUCUUCAAAGCACUUCUCAAUUCACACAAGCAUUUCUUCCAUCUUGCCUGAGUUCAGCUUCAGCCAACUGAUCUUCACCUAGCUGCACCUGCUGCAUUUGGCCAGGCAUUGAGGAAGCUGGUAGGUGAUGCUGUUUCAUUGAUGAUAGAGAUGAUGUGGUGGCUGUAACCUCUGUUCUGCCAUCACUCUAGCCUGUUGUUUGUUCCACUUUACACAGUGGCUUCGUAUAGGUACUGAAUAUGAUGGGGAGAGGAUUGAGCCUUGAGGAACACCACAGGUGAGGGAUCUGUAGAUUGAAGGAAUAAUUGCUCAUUAUUACUCACUGGGUUUGGUUGGAGAGAAAGGAGAAGGAAUUUCAUUUCAUCCCUUCAAGCUCUCAGACAUCAGACAGGAGUAUGUAAUUGGUGUUAAAUGCAAUUAGGAGAAUCAGCAGGAAUGCAGAUAUUACGUCACUUGUCCAUGGACAAAAGAAUAAUCCAACCAUAAAAACAAUUAUUUUUUCUGUUCCAUGCCCCUCCUCUUACUGACAGGGAUCUAGGAUACUAGCACUUGUCAAAUGAAGUUGGCAACAUUUUUGCUGGCUUCUUGAUCAUUUUACUCCAAGUGGAAAGUUUCCUUCUUCACAGGAGGAAUCAUCUGUUAGUAGAAAGUCCUAGAUAUUUUUGUUUCUUUUUCACUAGGCAGAAGGGCAUGGAUUAAAAAAUCAAGAUUGUGGCUUCAGAGACUUCUUUUUGUAUUAGUAGUUGAAUAUCUGACAGUUUUGAGCUUAAAACCAGGUAGUUAGUAAUCAAAUUUGUUGGUGCACAUGAAAAUUUUGCAAACUGAUCCCACAAAAGGGUUUGGAAAAUUUAAUCCAAUAAUAUUUAUGUAUAUAUUCACAUUCACUCACUCUGCAGGCUUUGAGCAAACAAUUGCCAGUGCUUAAUAAAUAAUCAUAAUAGACUGUUGAGAUUAAAUCUUAAUGAAAACCAGAACAGUUUUUUCAGCCCUACUCUUAUGAAAAUAAAAAGUGAAAGAAAGAGAGAGUUUUUGUGUAUGGAUAGUGUAAGUCAGGUGACAGAAACAGACUUCAGAACAAGAAAUUUUUAUACACCUCUCCUGCAGCAAUCCUAUUUUUCCUCUGCCAUAGAGACAGUGUUGUCAGACUUUGCAGAACUCAUGAACACAAACUGCCUCCACUUCACACAAGAGCCCAGGACUUCACUGUGAGAAACUAUCAGCCUCUUUGGCCUGAUCUACACUACGUGUUUAUACCGAUUUUAGCAGAGUUAAACCGAUUUAACGCUGCAUCCAUCCACACAACGAGGCCCUUUAUGUCGAUAUAAAGGGCUCCUUAAAUUGGUUUCUGUACUCCUUCCCGACGAGAGGAGUAGCGCUGAAAUCAGUAUUACCAUAUCAGAUUAGGGUUAGUGUGGCCGCAAAUCGACGGUAUUGGCCUCCGGGUGGUAUCCCACAGUGCACCACUGUGACCGCUCUGGACAGCAAUCUCAACUCGGAUGCACUGGCCAGGUAAACAGGAAAAGCCGCACAAACUUUUGAAUUUCAUUUCCUGUUUGCCCAGCGUGGAGAGCUCACCAGCACAGGUGACCAUGCAGAGCUCAUCAGCACAGGUAACAAUGCAGUCUCCUGAGAAUCGAAAAAGAGCUCCAGCAUGGACCGCAUGGGAGGUACUGGAUCUGAUCGCUAUAUGAGGAGAGGAUUCUGUGCUAACAGAACUACGUUCCAAAAGACGAAAUGAAAAAACAUUUGAAAAAAUUUCCAAUGCUACAAUGGAGAAAGGCCACACCAGGAACUCAGUGCAGUGCAGAGUGAAAGUUAAGGAGCUCAGACAAGCCUACCAGAAAACCAAAGAAGCAAACGGAAGGUCUGGGUCAGGGCCGAAAACAUGCCGCUUCUACGCUGAGCUGCAUGCAAUUCUAGGGGGGUCCACCACCACUACCCCACCCCGUCCGUGGAUUCCGAUGUGGGGGUGGUAAUCUCAGCCAUGCCUGAGGAUUCUGCGGACGGGGAAGAUGAGGAGGAGGAGGAAGAGGAGGAUGAGCUUGCAGAGAGCACACAGCACUCCGUUCUCCCCAACAGCCAGGAGCUUUUUCUCACCCAGACGGAAUUACCCUCCCAGCUCUCCCAAGCCAGUAGCCCAGACAAUGAAGCCAUGGAAGCGACCUCUGGGAUGGAGCGGAAAUCCUCCAGGGACAUCUCCAUGAAGCUCUCCUGGAGGUACUCCAAAAGCCUUUGCAGAAGGUUUCUGGGCAAGGCAGCCUUAUUCCGUCCACCAUGCUGCAGAUUUUUCAAGCCUCCUUACUCCAUCCCAAAGGCUAUCUCAGAUAAGGCAGAGGAAAAAAAAGAUGUGAGACAAAAUGUUCUUGGAAAUAUGGAAUUAACCCGUAAUGAAAGAGCUCAUCUGAAUGAGUGGAAGGACAUGGUAUCAAAUUACAGGAAAGAUGCCAGUGAACGUGAGGAUAGGAGGGACCAACGUGAGGAUAGGAGGGAUGAACGUGAGGAGAGGAGAGAUGCUCGAGAUGAGAGGUGGCGGCAGGAAGAUCAGAGGUGUAGGCAGGAAGAUCAGCAGUGGCAGGAUGCAAUGCUGGGGCUGCUGCGUAAUCAAACUGACAUCUUCGUACGUCUGGAGCUUCAGGAGCAGCAGCAGGAUCACAGAGUGCUGCUGCAGCCCCUGUGUAACCACCCUCACCACGUUCCAUAUCUUCCUCACCCAGACGUGUAAGAACGCGUGGGGGAAGACUUCGUGCACCCGCUCACUCCACCCCCGUGGACAGCCCAACCAAAAGCCUGUCAUUACUUUAAAAUAUUUUUAAUAGCCUUUUCCUUCCCUCCUA